GAGAAAGUUGUGUAACUAACUUCGUGGAAUAUACAUGUACGGCGAAUAUUGUGAUUUUUCCAGAGUUCAACCGUUCAAGUGAUGCUUUCCUCCACAGGAAUCAGUCCUCAGGCUGGAGGACUUCUUACUCAAGUGACCACUUUGUUAAAUACUUUUAAGAACUCAUCUGUUGGAAGAUAUUUGUCGUAUGCACAGAUGAAAACACAACAUAUUAAAAAGUCAAAAUCAAAAACAGAACAAAACCAGGUGACCACAUCAGAUUUGGAGACAGGCAGCAGUAAUCAAGAUCCAUAUGCUACAUUUCUUGAUGAAUUUGGCAUAUCUUCAGUUCCUGCUGAUUUAUUAACACAGCUUGCUACACCUCUGUCCGUCUGCCGUUGUAACACACACAACAGCAGCAGUCCGUGGGCAGUCUCUCAUGUCUCGUCGGAAUCCUUCUUCAAAAACAAACAUGGUAAGGUGCAAAUCUUGACCUUGACUUCCUAAUCAAAAAAUUAAAUUGGUUUUUCUUUACUCAGGUUCCCUUUUCGUUCUAAAGAAAGAUAUUUUAAAGAUUUUAAGG